CUGCCUGGAGGAUUUGGUGAUCCCCUGCUACUAGACACGGAAGCCUGUUAAGCGAAAGCUUCUAUUCCGUCCACAACCAUUUGAACCAUUUAAAGGGUGCGGUGUAUUCAAACAGAUACAUAUCUUGGAUAGAUGUUUGUGUUCCAGUUUCACAUUUAGUUUCUUCACUCUAAUCACUAACUGUCAACUAUUAAAAAACGCCUUCAAGACGAUUACUAAUAAUGAACUGCAGGAUCGUUGAGGGAAUGAUUUGCACUGCAAUUGAUUCAGAAGUGAACUGUCCGUGUGAUGAAUGCAAAAAGAGACAUUUUUCUAAUGGGAUUUCUUUCUUCUUCCUGAAAAAUAAAUUCUGGGUCGAAACUGUUUCUGAAGAAGUGUUGUUUCUAAGAUUAAAGACUCUUAAUCCACAGUUUGAAUUUCAGCGUGAUACCCUCCGCCACACUAUUCGUGAUUGCUUUGAUUUUGGAAAAGUGGUAGCUGAUAUCCAGGUUUGCACAGACAUAUGUAGUGUUUCUUUUCAGUACACCUUUGGAGAAUCUGUAAUAAAUUGGACUAGUGAUGCUGUUGUUCCUGUUUCUUCUGUGUUGCAUUAUCAUGUUGUUUUGCCACUUUCAUUUGCACUAGAAUCACUUUGUAAAAAGCAAGAUUUACUCAAUAAUAAGUUAUUGGCUCUAAAUCAUCAUACAAAUCGGCUUCAUGAAAAACUAAUGCUUCCAAGUAACAAUGAUAAUUUAAAUGUCAAAUUAAACUAGUGGGUGAGGAUAUGAAAAAAGAAGACGUGGAUCUGGAUUUUAGUUAUUCAUAUAACUUUUCAACAGGCUUACUUUCUUCGUCCUCUACUCAACAUCUUUUUUGUGAGGCAUCUAAACAUUUAUUCACUUCUAAAAGUAUACUGCAAUACUGUUGGUUAAUAAAUUUAGUUCAAAAUAUAUGUGUUUCUCCGAUACAACAGAAACAGCCUACACGUGGGAUAAUAUCAAGUAAUUCAAACACCAAAGAUGUUCAGGAAACAGAAGAGAAACGAAGAAAUGAAUUACAGAAAAAGUUGGCGGAUAAACUGGGGAAGUCCAAAAGUAAAGAAUUGAAAAAACAUGGGAUAUUUCGGAAGUGAUAAAAAAAUUGAGUCUUAUUAAUCAUAGAAACUUCAACUUGCCUUUUUUUUCCUGGUUACUUAUUAAUCGCAGAAGUUGAGAUAUCGGGAAUUCUUUGUUGGGUAGUUGCCUAUCGGGAUUCAUUGCACAAACUUAUCAGCAACUUAAUGUAGCUGUCAAUUUUGGCAUCAAUAUUCCCUACCCUCUCUUGUUGACCAAGGGAUAAACAUAGAAAACGAACUGGAAUGCUAUGAAAAAACGUACUGACGCAUGUGGUCACAGAUUUCAGCAACAUAAAAACCGACGUUGGAAACAGACAAGAAUCAUAUGGCAGGUGAACAAAUAAAUAAAUAGAAUUGUGAUGAAAGAUAGCUUUUAAUAGAACAAUUUGCCGUAAAUUUAUUAAUAUCACUGUGACGCACGACUCAAAUUACCAUGACGUUUCUUAAUCUAUAACUACCGAUUCUCAACCAACAUUUUUAACAUAGUAGGACCUCAAUGAAUGAGGUUCCAUUUACUCCAAAAAUGAUAAUUAUUCAAGAUGAAAAAUUGGAUAUUUCAGGGAGAUAAACACUCUAUAUCUGGUUAUAAUACUGCCAAAUAUAGAUGACCCGAUAGAAUGUUGACCAUCACAAUUUAAUCCUUACACGAUGACUUAGUGUUUACCAUAUUACGAAGUGAAAUCGUGUUACACCUAAUUUUCCGAGUUUUAUUCUAAUAAUGAUGCGACAAAAUAUCUUUCACUUCAGAAAGUGUUAUUUUCAAAGUUAUAUUUUUCUAAAGUCUUUGUAUGUAAACGGAUAUUUCAUCAUCAGUUUAGAUGUGAUAAUUUUUUUCAUACUUCUGAGGCAUUUUUGUAAGUUUGUCUAUGAAACAUUAUCGGGGAAAUUUGUUUCCAACGUUUAUAUAAUUUUGAAAUUAGGCUCAAAGUUCUGGAUAAGGUUGCAAACCUAUAUCGACUGCAACUGACCCAUGAUUUAAACCUACAAUUGCACUACUUACUUGCAGCUGGGUUGCUGACUACAACAUGACUAGAUUCAAAAAAUACUGAAAGUUGAUAGAUGAAAACAUAUUACUCGAACGUAGACAUAGCUGUCGGUUGUAAACUUGAAGAACUCCCCGGUGAAGUAUUAAAGAUGAUAGAAAACCAUAAGUGAUGAAUAAAAGUCUCGUGUAAUCACUUAAUAUUCACACCGAAAACAAUGUACUGAUAUUUUGUUUGUACCUUAUUUACCUAACUCCUUGACAUCAUCUCUUUACUUUUGUAUAUCUUAUUAUUUGUCUUGAUGUAGCAACGAAGAUUAAUACUUUCUGUACUAACUUCCAUGGUAAUAUAAUUAUGUUAGCCUGAUAAGUUCUCAGUAGAUUUUUUAUGUUGACGUUUUACGCUGCCUGCGGGUUAAUUUUGCUAGGAGCUCAACUGUGACAUCUAAACUAUGUGAAACUGUUUACAUUACAUUCUGUAGGUAAAUAUGUACGUCUGGAGGUUCAAACAGAAAGAACUUCUAGGAGAAUUGUUCAACUGUUUGAUUGCCUUCAGGUUGUUUUAUAUCUAAUUUUAGUUUAAAUUUAACAUGCGCACCAUGCGACUGGAUUUAUGUGGACUGCAACAAAUCUGAAUCAAAGCUAUCAAUUACUUUUGAUGAGAUACAUUUGGCUUAGUUGAAUGAUUUUAAAUAGAGUCAAUGUAACUGGUUAUCACCUCCAAUGUUCACUAUCCCUACAUCUACGAUUGUAUAUCUGAUAAUUACUCGACCAUUAUUCGUGAACAAGAAACAUGAAAGGAGUAAGUGCCACACAGUGGCUAUCAAAAUGGAUAGGAAAAUUGCAGAUAUCUAAAGUGGCAAAUUUACUGGAUAUUUAAUGAUCCUUAGAUAUUAAUGCAUGCCAAUAGGUUAUACUGUAUAUAAGCUUGAGGGACAUGUUUCUUUUAAAUGCUUUUGUGCAUAAGUGUUUCGCGUUUCUUUAAAGAAACUCAUUCUGAUUGAGUAGCCAACUGCUCAUUCACUUUGAUCAUCAUUCAGCCUGAAACUGACAAUGAAUGUUGUGUCAGUAGUAGUUAUGAGUCAGCUACAUUGGAUCAUUAUGCAUAAGCGAUCGACUAGAAUUCUACUUAUUUUAACAAAACUAAAUGUGCUCAUAUCAAAUUCAGACCUGAUCCAUUUAUAACCAGUCGCUGACUGUUGAUUUAAAUCACGUCGGGAAUUAUUUACGUUGUUCCAUAUGGUGUGAAUCAGUGAUUUAUUUAAUUUGAACACAAAUAUGGGUACAAAGAGGCACCGAACACAUAUGCACCACACAAGCCACUUGAUUAGUGUGUGAGCUGUGAUACUGUCCGGGUGCCCAAAUCAAAGCAGGAGGUUUUCUUUGGGAGCCACACCCGGAGCCUUCGACCUAAAGGUCUGAUCUACAAGGCAGUGGAGCAACAUAGGGAGGUGCAGUCCCAUGAUAGCUGGUGACCAACGAUUAGUUCAUACGCCAUUUGUUCCUUCAGGGUCCUGGAGCCCAUGUGCACCAUUGGUUUAGAAUUAGGGUUUUCCAACUUCCUAGGUGGACGCUCUGUGUACACCAAUCGGGUUAAAGCGCCGGACAUUCGCUUUCUGUCCUCUUAAUGUCAUAAACAACACCCCCGCCACGAGAAGGUAGUGAUUACAUACUUUUACAGACGUGGCUUAAAAGUAACCUAUUUGACUGAUUCAUUAUAUGUGGACAAUCGCAUAAAUCAUCUUCAGCUACAAUUAUCCGUCUGUCAUAUCUUUUUAACCCAUUUCUAU